GUGCAUGGGUUUGCUGCUGGAGAUUGGAUCUUUGGGAGAGGUCUGAGUCCUGCUGUGGGCCCUGGUAUUCUUGAGAGACGGUGCUUGCUCGAGGCGCUUUACAAUUGUGAACCGCAUCUCCCGGCAUACGGUCCUGCCUUUCAGCCACUGCUGAGGGGAAACGCGCAGCAACCUACCAUGUCCAACUCGACCGCGAGCUCAAGCUCGCAAGCCCUCGUGGCUACCUCUAGCACUGUCUCUGCUAGAACAGCGCUUGUACGCACUUCCACAAAGGAAGGGACGUCGAGCACUCCCCUCAUACCGGUAGGGCCGCGACUUGAGCCUCACCCACCAGCUCCGCCACCACAACCGCUCCCCCCGAAAGCGACGCACAGUCACCGCGGCGCUCGCAUACUCUCCGAAGAGUCGUACACAUCUGCGUUGUCGAGCAUCAUCCAGCGCGACUUCUUCCCUGAUCUUGCACGCUUAUGCGCCGAGAAUGAAUAUCUCGACGCGCUUGACGAUCCUGACGCAGACGAACAGCGCGUGCGCAGGGCGGUCAGGAGACUGGUCCGACUAGAGGAGGGCCUCGGGGUUAUACCGCCUACGCCGAGGCGAAACACUGCUUCAUCUGUGAAACGAGCAAAGGGAAAUGAAAGAGCAGAGGUGGACACUCCUUUUCUCUACACUGCGACGCGAGGAUGGGACGAAGACGCUCAGACGCCGCGGAUCGGUCGGCGUGCUGCAGAGAGCACACCAGGUGCUACACCCUUUGCCGGCAGCGGUGCAUGUGGCGAGUGGGAAUCUACACCGACGCAUGUACCUGAAUUCAGUGGAGGGAAUGGAGGCAUUGCGAUGCCUGGCACCUCCGCGGUGUGGACGGGCCAAGAGGCUGCGGAUCUCUACAACGAAUCAGACGACGAAGAACCACUCGGCGGGGAGAGCAUGUCGGCUGUCCCUCCAUCGGAGAUACAUACACAUUCGCUCUCGAGCUUUGAGCGCAAUUACACCUCUGUCGACAAUGCUUCGUUUGGGUCCUUGCUCGCCAAGGUCAAUGCGGAGCGCAGGCAAAAGUACGCUUGGGCUUUUGUCGAGGAGAACAGAGCGCGGAUUAAGUGGAACGAGGCAAGGGAGGAGGAGCAUCGCACCGCGCAAACGGGCGCACGGCUCGCCAUUGAGGAAGGCAGAGUGCCAGAAACAAAAUUGGUUACUGGCGUUCAAGGAAAGCUCGCUAUCGAAGGCGCGACUGCAUCACCACCACAAGGAGACGGCACAGUCAUAAAGCUCGAAGCAGAGCAGCCGCUUGACGAUCGCCAACAUCCAGCACCGAGCGCCGUCACCUCAAGCGGCCGCUCGCACACGAAGGCAGGUUGGAGCUUUACCGCACGAAACAGCUUCAUGUUCCCACCUGACGCGGACCGAUCGACGCUUGUGCACCGCAGCUCUUCGCUUGAGCACGCACCUGCCGGGACAGGGACAAGGACAAGAGGAGCCUACGCAUCGGGGUUUGGCGGCGAUCAGUCCGAACUAGGGCGAGUGAAGCCCAGUAUCAACCUCGUCAACCUUCGCUUGCCUCAAGCGACGAGCGGCUGCUUCGGGGACGAAAUUGCGUCAUCCAGCGCUGGGGGCCAGACGCCACGCUUGUCCGUACUGAAUGCAGCCAUCGAAGGGCAGCGGCAGUCAAGUAGCAGCAGCAGCUUUUCCGCCUCCAGCGCUCUCGGUGGCGGUGGCAGCGGCAGCGCAGACGACGGAGGGCACGCAGCAGCAUGUCGGCUGACGGUCAACGGGCAUAGAUUCGUCAGCCCGCUACCCAGUCCGCGACCGGGAGAUUUUGGCGCCGAGCGCAUGCGGCAGCUCAUGACGUGGGGCACUAUUGUGCGCACGCCAGUAGUCCUGCGCGAGGGACGCAGUGAUGCGGGUGUAGGUGCGGGUGAAGCGGGACGGAGCCACACGCCGCGCGACGGCGGCGUGGGAGGGUUCGCCAUGCCGCCGACGCCGCGACGCGAGGAGCUCGCGCGCCAGCUCGCUGCUGUGCGUGGUGCGGCUUCUUCGCCAUUAACAUUAGCAUCAGCCGCCUCUGCCGCCGGGAAGCGCGCCGAGCGUACCUCAGGACACGGCAAGGCAUCAGCAACAGCCGCAGGCCUCAGCCCCGCGGCGCAGCGGCUGUUGGAGCGUACAGCGGCGGCAGGCGUGACACCGCGUCGCACGUCGCAGCCGAUGGGCUUGCGGAGCGACCUGGGCACGCGCUUGAUCGGCAGGAAGAGGGUCGGCCACGGGCAAGGGCAAAGGCAAAGGCACAGUGUGACAGGGAGCUCCCGGCCGGACGAGGGUGAGGAUGAGGACGACCAGCUCGCGAGGCUGAAACGCCGUCGUUGGACGCCAACGCCUAGCCCUAGUCCGGCACCGUCGCGUGGUCCUGCGCAGGUCUGACGCUGUGGCACCGGUGUUUGGAGUCCCAUCCGCUUUUCCCUUGUAGCAUUUGAACACGACAGCAGCAUCCUCCGAGAGUAGAAGUCAUUUUUCUUUGAUGCUCUGCGCAUCUCGCACAAGCGCAUCGCUGGUCACGCGGUCACGGGUGGGCUCUUUUUGUGGCACGGCUGUCUCCACAUAUACCCCUCGGAUCCGAAUACCCAUGCAAGAAUGGUUUUCGC